AUGGAAUUGGCUAAAAUCGUCACCAUUGUGGCGCCCAUCGCAAUCCACGCCAGUGGGCUCAGCGUAGUGGAGCUAUUAGCCGACCAGCGGCAAAUGACCGAAUCGAUGCUACCGGAUGUUGCUUCGCUGAUAUUUGUCACGGCGACUAGCAUGAUUGCCACGGAAUGGUUGCAGAAAAAUCCCAUCCGUCUCACGGGUACCGACGGAAUGAAAUCGUUCGUCGUUGCCAUGAUUGCGAUUCUCUCGAACAUUGCGGUUUGUGAUUUGUCGUUGAGGCUGCUAUGGAUACCGAUUCAAUACUUUUUGCGGAAUUUGAAGGAUCAGAAAAUAAUGGCUCUCGUCAUCAGUCGGAUGUUCUUUUUUCUCCGUUUUUUCAACUUCACGCGAGAAAUUCUAACCCUUUGGAUCAAGGCUUCCAAGACCGACGCUGGCUUUGUAUUCGCCAGAAAUUUGGUAGCCGCUGGAUACCUGCUAGGAACGCUGUGGGCCCUAAAUUAUCUGCCGAAGGUCAAACGAUUACGCGCGAUUCGUAACAAAAGGUAA